AUGUUCAGCUUUCAGAGUUCGAACCAUAUUCGCCAUCUAAGCACCCAGCUUACACAACUUCGAGAAGACUCUCAGCUAUGUGAUGCUGUUCUGGUCGUCAAGGGAGCAAGGAUGAAAGCCCACCGGGUAGUGCUUGCUGCAUGUUCGAAUUACUUCAAAGCCAUGUUCACAGCUGACAUGGCUGAAAGCUGUUCACCUCGUAUGUUUACUAUCCGUAAUUUCUGUCGCUCUACGUUACGAAUCAUUGUUGUUUUAUAUUUUUGUGUCGGGUUGCCG